CACAUCGAUCGAAUAGCGAAGAUGUUGAACCGAAUUGUUUCGUUGAGGUGCUGUUUAGUGUUCCUUAGUUCGUUUCUGCUGUGGAAAAGUGCAAUUGCCAAUAGAAUUUCGGAUAAUGUUGACUUACUGGUUUUUAAUAGAAACACGGCAACGGUGGAAAAGCUGUCCAACAUAACUGGAAACUUCGCCAAAAACGGAUGCACUCCCGGAGAAAAUUGGACCCUCAUCGUACACGGAUGGCGUGAGGGAACCGCAUCCGAAUGGGUGCCUCCGAUGUUCCGGCUGUUCCAGAAGUAUCGAGGAGGAUGUGUUAUGAUGAUGGUUUAUGCCAAUAAUGACAUUACGGUUGACUAUUUUGGAGAGCUUACUCCUGUGUUUGAACUUCUUACCGCUACACUGCUCAGCUAUCUUAAGUUUAUUGAAGCGUCCGGAUUUGAUGCCAAUGAUGGAUUACUUUUCGGUUUUAGUUUCGGGGCACAGAUGUCAUUUGAAGCUGGUCGUAGAUUCGGUAUUCAAAAGUUGGGAAGAAUCGAUGCGUGUGAACCAGCUCGUCCGGGUUUCGAUGACAACUCCGCCUUCAGCGGCAAAGAUCCCAAAAUGGCCGCCAAAAUGGUUCAGUGUAUACACACCAGUAACAGCUUAGGAACCGUAUUGCGAAAUUGUCAUGUUGACUGGAAUAUGGGCAACUGUGGAAAAGAUCAACCGGCUGCUGGGCCUUACCCGAAGGGAUCUCACGGUCUGUGUCCUCAUUUCUAUAAUAGUGCUUUCGAGCGAAGCUUCGUCCCAGUCAAGAAACCCUCCGACUGUGAAUCCAGCAGACCGGUUCUGGAGUGGCCCGUAGGUCUUCGGAUGGGAUAUUUCUGCAACAUUAGCGAAACAGGAGUUUUGAGUUUACCUAACGGAAUAACCGGUGAUCUGUUUUCGCCCACCGCAAAGGCGUAUCCGUACAAUGAUGAAACAGCUUUGAAGGCAGAAUGCGAAAAGAUGAAAACCAAUUCAUGGAAAGAUCUUCUGCUGUACCAACCUGGAUAUUAUGAAAGUGUAAAUAAAAUGUGUUCUGUAUAACAUUGUUGUCCAAUAAAA